UGUCAACAAGAAAGGCCGACUGACAUGAUGAAGUCUUGCUGAACAAACCUCCCAAAAAUGGCACUUCUCUGACGUUUGUUUACCCUUUUUAAGUCUUCAGUUUUUACAUUUUAGAGGCGAAGCAUUAACCACGAUGACAGUCAUGUACGGCAUCCGUGCCCUCCUAGUUUUCACCAUAACAGCGUGCAGCCGGUUUGAGCCGGCCCUCUGCUCCACUCGCUGUGGGCAUUCCCUCCAGGUCUUGGACAACAAAGUGGGGGAGAUCAGGAGUUCUGCUUACCGCAGCUGGUCCUACCACUUCGGCUCUACCUGUGACGGCUGGAUCAUCAAGGGUUCGGAAGAAGAACCCAUCGUUCUCAGCUUUUCACAGUUUUCAGCACCGUGUAGUAGGAAGGAGUGGGUGUCUAUAAAAUCCUCAGCUGGCAGUGAGCCGGUUGUCCUCUGUGGCUCCAAGUUGCCGCAACCAAUGGAGUUCCCAGGGGGAAAUAUUACAGUGAUGCACCACUUCUUCCCACAUCAGUUCCCCGUGUCGUCUUUUCUGUUGAGCUACGCCAGAGACUCUGGCGAAUGCCCAGUAACAUCCUUUGAGUGCCGGCGGGGGCGCUGCCUUCCUUUCUCUUGGCGCUGUAACGGUCGGGUGGAGUGCCUCGGCGAAGGUGCGGGCCUCGGCUCCGAUGAACAGGGCUGUGAUGAAGAAGAAGAAGCGGAGACCCCUGAACCCCCAAAGUACGCCAUCUCACCGGCAGAAGAAGCCAAGGCAGAGGCGUCCUCGGAGAAGAACUACGAUCGGGACUCUGAGAGACAUUACAUGAUCGAUUCUGAAGCUGAUAUUUGGGCGCGAAUGAAGGAGAAGGUUGACGAGGAGAAGCAGGUAGAUCGAGAGCAGCCUCAGACUCCCAGGCAGCUCGUAGUGACGCCCACCCCCAUCGAGUGGCCCUGCGGAGGCCUCCUCCAGACCUUCUACGGGACCUUCUCCCCUCCAACCAUCCGGGGCCCCGCGCUGUUCUGUGUCUGGACGCUGGACCCUCAGGACUCGAGGCCACUGAGACUGGACCUGCAGCAGCUGGUGCUGGGACCCGGGGACAGACUCUCCGUGUACAACAGAGAGCAAGGCAAAGGAGACGUCAUCAAAAUUAUCACCAGCGCCUCCAAUUACAAAUCGAUCCAAGUCGAGUCCCACAGCGGCCUGCUGUCGAUGACAUACGAGACUCUUCCCGGCUCAGAGGGAAACGGCUUCAACGCAACGUUCCACGUCGGGACCUACUGCCCCCCUUGGGAGGGCCGCUGUGGGGGAUCGGCGGGGGGGUGCUUCACCCAGGAGCAACGCUGCGAUGGGAAAUGGGACUGUCCCGAGACGGGGAAGGACGAGCAGGGCUGCAGGGGCUGCGGUUUGAACCAGUUUGCCUGCGGAGUGGCGGGGCAGAGAGCGGUGCCGUCCAGCCACUUCGCCGGCAGACCAGUGUGCUACCCGGUCACGGAGCGGUGCAACUACCAGCUGUACUGCGCCGAUGGCAGCGACGAGAGGGACUGCACCAUGUGUCAGCCGGGGACCUUUCACUGUGACAGCGACAGGUGCGUGUUUGAGAGCUGGCGCUGCGACGGCCAGGUGGACUGUAAGGACGGGACGGACGAGCUCAACUGCACCGUCAUCCUGCCGCGCAAGGUCAUCACCGCCGCCACGGUGGGCAGCCUCGUCUGCGGGCUUCUGCUGGUUAUCGCCAUGGGCUGCACCUGUAAGCUGUACUCGCUCAGGACCAGGGAGUACAGCUUGUUUUCACCAAUCAGCCGCCAGGAAGCAGAGCUGAUCCAGCAGCAGGCUCCGCCCUCCUACGGUCAGCUGAUCGCACAGGGCAUCAUCCCGCCAGUGGAGGACUUCCCCACAGAAAACCCCAAUGAGACUUCGUCUCUUUCUCUGAGGGGAAUUCUCCAGCUCCUCCGUCAGGACGCCGCCAACUCCCCACACCGCAGACGCAGGCCCCGAUUCAUCCGCCGGGCCGUUCGCCGCAUGAGGAGGUGGGGCCUGAUCCCCAGACCUCCGUCCCGGCCGAGUCAGACGUCAAGCUCCGGCCAGCAGCAGUCGGAUGCCGCUCCCUCCGGACAGGAACCGGCUCACUCCAGCUCCUCGUCAGCCGUGCAGGCCGUCAACCAGCCGGUGCCUCAGAAACUUGGCUUGUUGGGUCAGUCGGAGCAGCAGCAGCAGCAGCAGCAGCAGGAAGCACCGCCUCUUCUCCCGCCGCUGUCGCCUGCCGCUUCCCCUCCUCCACCUCCGUACGCGCCCCCAGCUCCAAGCCCGGUCACCCCCCACACUCCUUCCGUCGCCGUGCCCCCAAGCAGCCCCUCUCUGGCCUCCAUCUUCCACACGCUGGGCCUGAGCAUCUCCCUCUUCAGAGCCUCGCCCUCGGCCUUCUCCGCCAACUCCAUGCCCCUCUCCGCCUCCCCUUCGUUCUCCUCGUCCUCUUCAGACGACGAGGUGCUGCUUAUCCCGCUGUCUGAAGACACCACUUCAGAGGACGACGUGCCCAUGCUCACCUGAAUGACUUCCUCACCCGUCCAGUGACCCCCACACGCCCCUCCUUUUUUAUCUCCCUCACUCACUGAUACAAACUGAAACCCAGUCUUUCCACAUUUGUUUGAACUGAAGCACAGGAGACUCGCCCGCACUGUGUAAGUCUGGUGCCUUUUUGAAAUAGCUUUGAGUUGGAUUUGUUGACUUACGGAAACAAGUAUUUUACUUUUUAAAGACCUCCUCGAGAUAUCAGUUUUAGACGAAAAGCAUGGCUGUAUGUUUGAGAGGAAGUGUAGGCGGGUGCUGGAUGUGCACUCGCUUCAUGCUCGGCUGCACAUUGAAGGUAAACUUUUGCACAGAUCUUCCCUAUCCAGAAAACUGAGGCAGGCUGCUGUCCGAUUGAAUGGUUCGAUGGAAAGUAUUGCGUUUGUAUGGCUGCAACUGUGUGAAUGCAUAUGCGUUUUUAGUCUUACAUUAACAGUGGGGUAUGUCCGUAGAUUGUCUCUGCAUACUUCUGCCACUCGCAUCCAGUCUCGUGUUUUUCUCACAGAUGAUCUUAAUCAGAAGAUAAUUCAUCUCCCCUAUUUAAGUGCCUUUUUGAGGAGUUUCCCGUCGACACACCGCAAAACCAAAACACACGGAGGCACAUGUUUCUCUCACGGCACGCUUCGACACAUCAGUGGCUUUAUUAUAACGUGAAUAAAAAUAACAAUGCAUGUACUCUGCAAGCUGGCAAUAAUGUUUUGGGACCCGUAUUUUAGUGCACACUGAUUGCGACAUACAGUAACUGUGUUCCGAGUGCACACACACACACACACACUUAAGUGAAUGUAUGUAAUCUACAGAAGCAAAUGUGUCAAAAGACAAUCUCUUCGGUGCCUGAUUUUAGUGUGUGUGUGUGUGUGUGUGUAUGUGUGUGUGUGUAUGUCUCUAGUGUCGAUGAGGCGCCCUCGUGAUGAAUUCACUAAAUAACUUGAAGCUUCAACCCUUGAUCGUGACAGAAUGCGAUCGGGAACCGAUCGCAUUCUGUCACAUUUUGACACAACAGACUUGUGGUGUGCCAUUUGUAUUGUACAUUUUAUGGUGUUUUUAUUUCAGCAAGUUACUUUUUUUUUUUCCUCUUAAGUUUUUUUGCUUUGUUGAAUGUAUUUGGGUCGAUGUCGGAAGUUUUAAAUUCGCAAUUUAAUGAGGUUAAAUAAGAGAGAAAGUGAUUUUAUGGUUUGUUAGGGUCAACUUCACUGUAUAUAAGUAAGAAAUGUGGCUGAGAUUAAAACGAUUUGCACUUUUA